AAAACAUUUUAUUUAAUUAUUGUCUGUUUAUUAUUUUGUUUUCAAGGAAUACGUUGAAUCCCCAGGUUACUCUAGUGGAUAUUAUUUUAGUGAACAAUGUAAACCUAAUGAUUCUGAGUGGCGCAUAUUCAGAAGAUUCAAGAACCACCAUAUUUAUCCACCUACAGUAAGAGAGGCUCUGCGAGACAUCAAAGAAGGAGAAGCUGAACAACAGGAAGGUACAAACGUUUAGCAUGAUGUAUUUGCGUGCUGAACGUAGUAAAAUUUUUCAGUUCAUUGUAUCUUGAAAAAAGUGUUGGUGCAAGUCCCCUCCAUCAGGACUUAGGGCCACAGAAAUGGCUCUGGUUUCAGAGUUAAUUUUAUUUGUUUUUGUUUUUGAAUAUGGUCGGUCGAAGGCGCCCUUCUUUGGGAGGGCAUGUUUAUUUCCUAUCUUUAUAAAAUACAUGUACACCCAAAAGAUACCAUAAAUAGAUCAUUUUGGGAAGUGCAUGAGAAACCAUCAGCUUGUUAUUCCUGCCCCGUCGUAAACAAAACACGGUCGUUCUUGCUUCUUACAAGUUCGCGUUUAAAGUUACCGGACUAAUUGUCAAUUUCCACAGUUUAAAACUAAAAACGUGUAUCUUUUGUCGCAUUUCAAUCGAAGCAGUAAAGAUUACAAGUACAUGCUUUAUAUGAUUUUGUCUUUGAUAAUAUGGUUUGUUUCUCCAGGAUUUGACUUUACAAAUGAUCAAGCUGUCACCGCUUGGUAUCAGCGGAGAACAAGCAAGCACUUGUUAAUGAGACAGCCAGCCAAACCAAUGGAUCUGGUGAAAGUUGUGCAGUAUGACCAAAAACAAGUAAGUGUAUUGUUUGUCUCUUAUGUACGGUUAAUAUGUAUAUGUAGGCAAGCCUUAAGGUGGAGUUCCUGUUCAUGUAGAAAUGGCAUUAGAAAAUAAUCAAACGUAACAAUACUCUCGAUGAAGUAAAAUUCUUUCUUGGCUCCCAGGCUUAAGGAAUAAAACAAAAGUAAUGUAUUACUUGUCCUUGAAACUCCAGGUGAUUUCUUUUGUUUUGAUCCCCCAAGCCUUGUAUCCGAGUGUGAAUCUAAAUAUAUCGAAAUCUUGUCUUAUGGUAUGAGUUAACAAGCAAAGACGCAAGAUCGUGGCGGAUGUUAGUGCAGUGAAUUUGCCACCUUGGGUGCCCUGUGCUGCCGUUUGGUGUUAUUAUGUCUGGGGCUGCCCUCCGUUAUGGUUGGCUUACUGUGUUUUCUUAGUUAUGUGUGUUUAUGUGCACGGACUUUUCGCUAUUUAGAAGGUAAAGGACACAUGAUAAUUUCGUAGUUUGAGGGGAAUAGCUGCUUUAUUUUUGUUUCUAGGGUUUAGGGAAGAUUUUGUUAGUAGGUCUUGAAUAAGUUAAAUGAAUUGGUAAUCCUCACCCAAAAAGCUCACUGUUAAAAAGACUUCAUUUACCCAAAAAUAUUCCGAUUCCUUCCAGAAUAAGGUACAAUGAUUGUCUGUAAUGGUCGAGUAAACAAACAAUAUGCUUUGAACGGACCGCGCAGUUUCCAUAUGGGACAUAUGAUGGGACUAUUAAGGCAAAUAUUGCUUUUUCUUUCUUUCCAACGUCUUCACUAAAGGGUCUGGCGUUAACGGUAGAGCAAGCAUUUGGCCUUCCUGGAAACACAUCGUUUGUAAAUGUACUGGUUUUCGUGUCUCCUGGACAAGAUGUGCAAAGAACAGAAGUAACAGAAGAGGGACACGGUGGAGAAGAGAAGGCACUCAUAAAAACACGUGACUUCAACAGUUACCAGAAAUCCCCCAAGUGGAUAGACUCACCUACUGUAAGUAAUAAAAAAAACCUGCUGUAUUUUCCUGUCUGUAGUUAUCAGACGGAAGAUUUAGCGAACUACAAGCUGUUCACUCCUCGAGUUAAUAGAGACCUUUUGAUUCUAAGACGAGAACGACUACGAGUACAAUAUUUUCUCAAUACUAAGUAGUGCGCGCGCGUGAACCAAGGUCAUUUUGGCGGGAAAACUUGAUAGCUGUCGUCAUUCUACUACGGGUUUUAGCGAGAAUGUCGUAGUGCCGGAAACAAGUUAUCAAAUGUUGGAAGUUUUAUCAUUUUUACGAUCCGGAGAGGGCUUAACUUCCUUCAAUAAAGAUAACAGUGCCAAUUUUUCUUGUUAUUCAAAAGCACAGUGAAGCCUCCCGGAGUGUCUAUUUUUCGAGAAUACGCAAAAAAACUGUCAGUCAAAUCUCGUACUCAUGGUCGUUCUUGUCCUCGAAUCUAGAGGUCUCAAGUAACUCAUUUUACACUACUGCCCACUUUUGCUACGUGUUGCUUGUACUACAUGUAUCAAUCAGCUAAUGAAUUCUCUCAUGAUAAACAGUUUGUUUUGUUUGCAGUUCAAACCUGUCUUCCAACAAAUCGAGUUGUUGCAGGUUGCGAAUAGAUGGUGCAGAAAGUAGCGAGUAGUUCUACUUUUUUGCAACAAAAUCUGUACAUGUCGCGCGUUUUACCAGCUCAAGACGAACUUGUUUUGCAGCAAGUGACACAACUUCCGUCUAUGGCGUGACUCCCGCGUAAUCUUGUCCAAUCAGAAGUCAGUAUUCACGCUACUUGCAACAAGCUGAUUUGUUGCAAGACAGGUUUGAACGUGGUUGGUAAAACUCGCAACAUAGCUUUUCAACUCGUUCUGCUGCAAUGUUCCGAAACAAGUUGCACGUUUUUGUUGCCCGUUUUACCUUAGCUUUACUUACCUGAGAUUCGAGGGAAAGAUUUUAGAGGGGUCAGUCAUUAAGUGAGUUUAUAUAGCCCACGAAGAACAACUUCUCCGUGUACAAAUUUGUGAAAGUGAAUCUCGGCGAGGGGUCAACAUUCGCGGGUAACAGUGCACUGUUAUCCUCUGACGUCAUAGAUUUUGCAAUGUUGUUGACUUUUGGCCGGAAACAGUUUAAUUGUUAGAUGUCAUGUGACCUCAAAGUAUCCAAUGAGAGCGCGCGCAAUCGGGUCAGUCCAGCUACAUUUUUGUAACAAAGCGGAAAAUUGCAUCAUUGAUAUUACAGACCAUUUUACGCCACGUACACACCGUCCUUUAUGUUGACAUAGUAAACUCAGUAAUUUGAUUGUUUAUUUUCUCGAUGGUAGGUGUUUCACCCUCACAUAUCAGACCUGACCACCCUUGUAAUCAGGCUGUGCUCACUUGACGCUCAAUACACACCACGUGCUGACAGAGCCGCACCAGGCUCAGUCACGGCUAGUAGAGGCAAAGUUAUGUCUGUAGUACCCUUUGGAUGGACUGUGCUUCAACUCUUUUCAAAGUAAGACACAAAGUAGAUGUGACUAAUUCUUCAAGUGUCUUAACUGCCUUUUAAGUCAAAUUGGGCAGGUGUAGACGCGUUUUAUUAAAAGCUUUCUUGGUAAUAGUCAACUCGAUUACUUUCCCUGCGAGAUUCAUUUCAAACAAACGUAAUUUAUGAACUCAUGACGUAUACUAUUGAGAUAAGCUCUUUUAAAUCGGAUUGAUGGAUAUUUUUAGUUUGGUUUGGUUGGCUUCAGCCCAGAAAAGAGCGGUUGAUUUACAAUGGUCGUGUACGUAAUUCUAAGUGGUGUCGUAAAUCAUUGCUGUCCACAAAUCAACCAUCACGUAUGUAGCUGCUUGACGUGAGCGCUUUAUUUUUUUUUUGUGCUUGGAAUUUGUAUGCAACACCUAAGUUUCACCCUUCGUUCCAAAAAUUUAACUAGUGAAACUUCUAUUAGCAGUUAUAGCGUUGUAAUAAGAUAAUGGUCAGUUUUCGAGAGAAAAACCUAUCGGGAUUUCAAAAUCAUUUUCUUUGUUCUGCGCUUUUGAUAAUGAUUAUUGCAUCUGGUCUGACAGUCUCACUUUUCAAUUUACUGAUUAGAUUUCCUACCGACUUUCCUCAAGCCCGUCGUUGUGUAUGAACCUGAAAAUUAGUCUAUUGUAUUUCUUUUCUCAUUCGUUAAACAAGGGAGUACGUGAAUGCAGGAGUACAUUACCUACCAAUCUUUGAAGGAUCUCCAAGUCCUGUAAGUUACUUAAAGUUUACCAAUUAAUUUGUGAACGAAAUCUUGACUGGACCGGUGUGUCUGAUUUGCCUUGGGCGCUUUGUACCCUGCGUAUCAGGCGUUCCUUGGGGAUGAGAAGAGAGAAGCGAAAAAGCAAAGGGAGAGAAACCUUCUCCUCUCUUCCCCCCCCCCCCCCCCCCCCCCCCCCCCCCCCCCCCCCCCCCCCCCCCCCCACAAACCAGUCCUUCUCUCUCGGCGCUCCUGGUCGGUGGUUGUUUUUUGUUAUUCUUCGUUUACUGGUUGGGGGGUUUGUCUGUGUCUGUUUAUACCCCCCCCCCCCCCCCCCCCGACUCUAAGACCUCCUCUCCCCUAACCGCUAAGGAAGGCCUGUUUCUCAGGCUAGACGCUUUGUGCUGGAUUUCGCUUAUAGUAGCUUAUAGUCCUCGGAAUGGUUCGUUGGAUUGUCAGUCAUUACAGAAUUUUCGUUUGUGGUGCUGCCCUAACACCGUGCUAUGUGUCCAUUAUCGCAAGCUGUAUUCUACCGUGGCUCAUAGGGACAAAACACUUCCCAGAAUCCAAAACACGUCCCAGAAUCUAAGUGUUUUGGAUUCUUGGGUGUGUUUUUGGUUUUUGGGGCGUGUUUUGAAUUCUUGGAAGUGUUUUUGGAUUCUGGAACGUGUUUUGAAUUCUGGGAAGUGUUUUGUCCCUACGAGCCACCGUAGUAUUCCCGAAAGGCCCUGCAGUCUUAAAUUUUGUAAUACCUUUCAACCCAACUCUGACUUACUACUGACUUGCAGCUCUUUUACGUUUCAGACUUUCUUGGAGUUUUUAUCCAGUCACACAGUGGAUGUAAGUUUGAAAGAAGCAGUCAAUCAACGCAUACACACUCUGCUGGUAAGUUUGUGAAUCAAAUAAGAAACAACUCCUUAAAUGGAGAUUUGGAGUUGAUCAUUGGAAUUAAGGUUCCUUUAGACAGACCCUGUUUAAGACAAAAUCCGUUCAUUUUGAUACCCUGUUUAAGACAAGAGACUUUUUUCAUACCCUGUCAAAGACUGUUUUUUAGAUUACUGACAGAAUAGAAUUAGAUUGUGUAAAACAAAGUCCUUAUCACAAACAUAGACCGCACACCGCCAAAAUUCACACCCCCUGUUCAAGGCUUCCGGUCCAAAAAGACACCCUGUUUAAGACUCAAGAGCCUGAAAACCAUACCCUGUUCAGCGGCACAUACCCAUAUAGGCCAAAUAAUGGAGUGCCCCCACCCCGGGCUUUACCCAUAACAAGGGAAAAAAUUUGUUUCCCCCUGCCCCCUGCCACCUGCCCCAGUGCUGCAUGCACACUCUGCUGGUAAGAUUGUCUAUUGAAUAAGAAACAACUGCUUUCAUCAGGAAUCUUCGCUCUGAGCAGCAAAGUGAGUUGUGCUCGGGAGAACAAGGCUUUAGGAACAAGGGUUAUUACCUUUCCCUUGACGAUACGAAAUUGGCCACUUUAGAAAGGAGAGGUGAACUAGAGCCGAAAUACAUCCACAAUCUUCUAGAAAGGCCUUGAAACUUACCCAACAAAUAACGAAUGAAGAUUUAUGAAGGAAAACUUUAUUCGAUUUCAGGGCACUAGCUGUGUGGCUGUAUGUCUCUGGGAUGCACAUUAUUCCCAAGAGGAUUGUAUUCCAUUACCUGUGAGUAAAAGAUGUCGCUGUAUUUUAUCAAAAGGUCAACCAAUGUUUUUAAGGCACAACCUUUAGACGAACCCUAGUAAUAUUCUGUUUAGUUUGGGCUAAAUGACCUUUUCCUCGUUUCGCUAAAGUGAGCACAUAGAGAGAAGGUCUAUAACAAACACGUUUAUUAAAGGUAUAAGUUCGAUUUUCACUUGCAACUUUCAUCCAAAAUCUACGAGGAAAGGAUACGGAUUUACCGUAUUUAUUCGAAUAAGCGCCCAACCUCGAAUUAGCUCCCACCUCGAAUAAGCGCCCAUCCUAAAGGCAGAGAAAGUUAAUAAGCGCCCACCCCACCCCACUCCCUCCCACAAAAACUCCAACAAGAGAUAAUAGGAGACCCUCCCGAAGAGGGAGGUUUCUUCAGAGUAUUGUACAGAAACCUUGCUUUGUUUAAAUCUUCGCUUUUUGUUAUUAGCAUUUACUGUUUUGUUGCAAAAUAUACUACUACACUUGCUGAGAAUGGUGAAAAUUUAAUAAGCGCCCAGCCUCGAAUAAGCACCCACCUCGAAUAAACGCCCACUCUCAAGGUCCAAAAAUUUAAUAAGCGCCCAGGGCGGUUAAUCGAAUAAAUACGGUAUACUUGAAAUACUCUAUCUUCCGCCUUGCACAGGUCAAUGAACAACUUUUAUCUGUUGGAAAGUUAGAAAGAUAUAAGAAGACAAUCCAGGCGGCCUCGGCGGGAAAAUUAAUUUCCGAUGUACUGCUUCAGACCCUGAACAAAGCAGAGCGAAAACAGGGAGUGACAGGUGACGCUUACUUGAUGGAAGAACAACACUACGAGGAGGCUAUGAACAGUGUGUUUUACAACCUGAUGGUAGGAUGCAUCUAUUACACCAUGAAACCUAUAUUAGUACCAGUGGCGGAUCCAGAUCUUGAGAUAAGGGGGGGCCUGGUCAUCCAGACCCUUAGAUAGGUGGGGGGAGGGGCCGUCUCGUUCAAGUAGAAAGUAGUAAACGCGCAUACGUGUUGCUCAGUAGUAAACCAGUUUGACAGGUUAGGAACGUAGACUAAUGUAAGUAUGUGCGGUCUAGAUAGAUUGCCUAUUUUUCAAGUAUGAUCGUUCAGGUUAAUGGAGGUCUGAUAUGCUAUGCAUGCAUGGGUACAAAAUUGUACAUAAAAUGUAACGUUCAUCGGCAUCAUACGGUUGAGUUCUUCCACGUUUUUCUUCCUUGGGUAAAGGUGGAAUCUCUGCGUGCUCUCGUCCUAGUUCGAAAUCCCGUGCGUGUUUUUCGUUAGUCCACAUUUUUUUGGUCACCGCUGUUGUAUUUUCCUACGAGCACAUUUCCAUUGUUUGAACCCUUCUUCUCCAUCGAUAGGUCUGUUCGUGCACACUGAAUCUUUUCCCUAGUUUUUGUUACUGUCCGUCUUUGGUUUAUAAAAUAUUAUUCAUUUCGAAAACUGGAUAAUCACAUUCCUCAGACCCAUAAUCUUUCUUUGUUCAAACCAGUUACACUGAGUUAUUUUUCUAACUAGGAUGAUGUUCUUUUGGAGAGUGGCAUGGGACCAAUGAUGUGAAACAAAAGGAACCAUUAGUAAAUCAGUUGAGAAUAAAACAGCGUACCAAAUCAGUUAUUCCACUGUUGUGAAGUCCACUGGAUUCAACUCCUCACUAAGUUUGGCUCUGCCUUCCUUAAAGUGGCUGUAACGAUCGCUUGAUACAGUACAAGACCUAGUAGCAGUAUUAGAGGACCUUAACUGUGCCACCUGGCAUUAACAUUGGCGAUUUCUCUUUUUUAACGUCGGUCAUUUAUAUUAUUGUUAGUUACACUGUAUAGUGUGGCGUUGGUUACGUACUACAAUAGUAAAAUGACUCCAGUUAUAGUCAGUUGCUGGAACUGAGGAUGCCGCAAUAAACCGGUCUAUAAUUCUGUUGAAGGAUGUAAUUAAUUUGGCUGUUAAUGUACGGGAAACAUGCUUGUGCGAAAAGGUCACAAAGCGCGGCGAUGGAAAAUCCGAGCAAAAUCGCAUCAGGGAUCCAAUGAAAUUGUGCAAAAAUAAUGAAAAUACUCCGGGGACGUUUUUGAAGCUGUUGAAAGCACUCACAGCACGUGGCUUUCACUGGCUCUUUAACCAGUGUUAAAUUACUGCUGUUCGUGAUACAAACAGAAUUAGAAAAGUUUUUGUAUUUGCUGUUAUAAAACUUUUGUAUUUAUCAGUGUAAAUAUUAUACAGUUUUCACAAAGAC